UGCACGGGAAGCUGUUGGCGUAAUGAGCGGUAUGUAUGUCAGUGGAACCUUGGACGACUAGUCAAGCUUCCAAGUACCUACCGAUACAGCUGACGAAAAAUCAAUUUCUGAUUCGCUAAUCGAUGGUCAAUUGCUGGAAGUUGAGGCGAUUGUAUCACAGAUCAUUCAUUCUGCGGCAUUCCUCUUCCUGGUCUGCUGGUGGCCGCCGUGGCGAAAGUUUUCUCUUUUUUUCUGGUGUCGUAUUUCUUGUCUGUUAUAUAAACCGACCUUUUUUUCCAGUCGUCUGGUCCUUCCGGUGUAGCUGUACGCAGUUGGUCGCCUUUUUCCCCCUUUCUCUGGCGUUCUCUUCUGUUUCCCCUGGGGUGGACGUCCUGGUUUUUUUUUUCCUGUCUCUGAGCUCCUGGGUGUUCCAUGGUUUGUUCCGCCUUCGCUUGGGUAGUUAUCGCCGUCCUUGGCAUGUUGCGAACCUCUGGGUGGUCAAACCUCCCCAGGGUUACGGUAAUUCUUAAAUAACAAAAAAAUAAGCUAUAUAAAAAUAAUUUUACUGACGCUCUUGUUCACUAUGUCUUCUCUAAAUCUGGUCAUUUUCCAACUCUUGAAUUUACUAUCAUCCAUUUCUUUUACUUAUCUAU